CUAAGACUUCGUGGAAAAGUUGACAGUGGGUAUGGUAGAGGUGGCAAGAAACUUGGUUUUCCCACAGCAAAUUUGCCUUCUCGGCUUUUUCAGAACGCGCUUCAAGACGUCCCUGCUGGUGUUUACUUUGGCUGGGCGCUGUUGGAAAGUGAUGAACUGGCGGCUCCAGGGCGAAAUAUUGCGCAUAAGGCAGUGGUCAAUGUUGGCUUCUCACCAACUUUUGAAGGACAAGAAAAUGCUGAAAAAAUUGUGGAAGCACAUUUGAUGGCAGAAGAACCUCUAACAGACUUCUACAACGAAACAAUGCGUCUGCAACUUCAUGGCUUUCUACGGCCCGAAAUAAAGUUUUCAUCGUUUCCGGACUUGAUUAAGCAAAUAAAUGCCGACGUAGUCGAUGCCAAGGAGGCAUUGGAUGUGUCACCAUUUGUUGGCUUCAAGUCGGAUUUAUUUUUCUCCCAG